UCCCCUGGGGAUUCAUAUAUACGGGACCAGAAAAGAUCGAGCACAAAUUAUCUACCCUAGCUCUCCAGCCUCUUCAUAAAUAACUACAGGUACAGAAAAAGAAAUGAGAAAGAAAGAGGCGAUCUACACGAAUACAAAAUGUCUCACUCCUCCUAAGCAGCACUUGAAUCAAAGACCUGAAAAUGCAGAAAUCAAAGAUUCCCCUGCUCCAGCUCCUCCCUGGAAGAUCAUUGCAGUGAUUCUGGGGAUCUUCUGCCUGAUAUUGUUAGGAGUCUCAGUGGCCUUGGCUAUCAAGCAUCAUUCCUGUCCGGGAUGCCCUGACCAGUGGGUACGAUAUAGAGACAGCUGUUACUACUUCUCCAACAUGAAGAAAGAUUGGAAUUCUAGCCGGAAUUUCUGCUCUGCCCAAGACUCAGAGCUCUUGGUAAUCAGUGACACCAAGGAAAAGAACCUGUUCCUGGGGAUCCAUACAGAAGAACACUGGAUUGGAUUGACAAAUCUCAAUUGCUCUGGCUGGGCCUGGGAAGAUGGCUCAACAUUCAGCGAUAUAAAGGUCACCUCUAACAGCCCCGUGCAGCACUGUGGUGUCCUGGUGAAGGGGGCCCUCCAGGCCUCCAGCUGUGCAGUUCCUUUCCCAUGCAUCUGUGAGAAAUCCUCCAAGUAACCUCCUCCUGCACUUUCCCACCGAAUAGUCUUCACUCAGACUCAGCCAAUGGACCUUAAUCAUGAACCCAUUAAAGAUGCUCCUUCCUUUGUUCAUGUGGGAUAGGUUUGAUACUGUUCCUAGGUGGCUAGCAGCAUGCACUGCCUUGUGGUAGACCAAGAUUUGAUUCCAGCUGUAAUGUAGGCAUACAAUUGUGUCUAAGCGCCUAGUGAAUGCAACAUCAGCUAAAAAAGCUAAAGUUCUUGUUAAUACACAUAUUGUUGAUGAUCUUUGUAUUUAUAUUUUCAGCACAGUGGCUCAGACUACCAGAAAUUAAAACUUAUUUAAAAAACUCCAUAAAGGAAAAUAAUGGGACAAUAUUACGUAUUUCUCCUUUAAAGAUGAUAUCUCACUGUUGAAUUUGGAGUGAAGUAAGCAGCAUGA